AUUAACUUAUUCAUAUCGUAUUAUGUAUUAUGGCAUAUCGAUAUCCGAGGGCAUAUCAGGGCGAGUAUCAGAGUCUUUUUAGUUUUGAUGAUGAUACUUUUCUUAACACUACCUUUCUUGGAGAAGAGUUGGAAGUAGAAGAAGCGUCGGAAGAAGAAGAUGAGUCGGAAGAAGAUGAAUCGGAAGAAGAUGACUGUGAAAGAUUAAGAGACUAUGAAAGGGGUGGGCCCAAGACUACACCAUCACCAGAAAUAAUAUCAAAAGAUGAGCUUUCAUUCGUAGAAGAGGUGCCUAAACAAAUUGAGAUAGAGUGUCCAGUUUGUCUUAAUAUCUUGACAAAUCCACACCAGGUGAGCUGCUGUGGUAAAAAUUUUUGUGGGUCUUGUAUUGAGAGAGUAAAGGAUAAUAAUGGAUCCUGUCCCAUGUGCAAUCAUUCGAAAUAUCAAUCGUUUCCAGAUAAGAACGUCUCUCGUAUCGUUAAUGGGUUACGAGUCUAUUGUACUAAUAAGAAGAAAGGAUGUCAAUGGAAAGGAGACUUGAAGGAUCUACUUAUUCAUCUUAAGAAAGGGAAGAGAGAAGGAGAAUGUCAGUUUGAAGAAGUAAAGUGUCAAUACGAUAAAUGCCAAACAAAGGAUCAACGUCAGAAUCUCCUUAUUCAUGAAAAGGAUGACUGCAAUGAACGACCGUAUAAGUGUGAGCAUUGUGCUAUAACACAUAGCUAUACUUUUAUCAUUGGAGAGCAUUUAAAAACCUGCCGAAAGUACCCUACAAAAUGCCCUAAUGACUGUUCCAAAGUAAUACCGAAAGAAAGUGUUCCUGAUCAUUUGACCCAGUGUCCAUUGCAGCCAGUAGAUUGUGAGUUUAGUUGGGCUGGUUGUAAUGAUAAGCCAUUACGUAAAGAUGUAGAUGAGCACACUAAUGAUACUAAACACAUGACACUAUUAGCUGUAGCUUGUGGACAGUUGAAGAAAGAAAAUGCUCGAAUGUUUGCUUUUCUUGGUGUCAUUAACAAUGAUACAUAUCCUAUUCUACCAGUCACAGUUAGUAGACGUGAUGAUGUUGUUCACUUUUAUACUGAGCUUGGUGGUCAUCACAUGUCAGCAGUUCUAACUCGUUCAUAUGAAGGAAUGUCAUUACUACUUGCAUUUCAUGAAGGAAAGUUUGAUGGACUCUGCACACUUGACUAUCUAAAAGUUUUUAUGUUACUUGAUUCUGGUGAUGCAAAACCUGUGCCAAUACGGUCACACAAAAAGUUGGCACAUGAUGUUCUUGGUCUGCCAUUGCAUCAGCACAGCAUACGUCAGGGCAGCUACAAAGGGCGGGCCUCACGUGAGACUAGCCAUCAUAGACCACGUAGAAUACCAGAUGAUGAAGCAUCAAUUUGUUUACAGGUCUCCCUCAGCUCCAUCAAGUUAAUAAACAUCAUUCUUACUUCUCCUAAUGAAGUCACAAUUGUUUUUUCGAAAUGAAGUUUGGAUUUUUGUAGAUAUGCACUGUUUGAAAAAAAAGAAUUAAACAAUUUUUUGAACAAAUCCUGAUGUCAUGAUUUGUUCAAUGAUUCUGACAUUGAUAGACUUUAUGUUUCUUCAAUUGGUAUUAUAAGAAAAACAUUCCUGUUAUCA